GCACUCCAAUCAAUCGCAUUCCCAUCAUGGCAAAGCAGGUGCUGGAUCUCUUUGAGCUCUACCAACUGGUGGUCGCCCGUGGCGGUCUAGUCGAGGUGAUCAACAAGAAGAUUUGGCGUGAGAUCACCAAGGGCCUCAAUCUGCCCUCCUCCAUCACCAGCGCCGCCUUCACCUUGCGCACGCAAUACAUGAAGUACCUCUACGUGUACGAAUGCGAAAAGGAAAAGCUCAGCUCACCGGAGGAGCUGCAGAUGGCCAUUGAUGGCAACCGAAGGGAGGGACGUCGCUCCAGCUACGGACAGUACCCGGAAAUUAGCAGCUCACCGCCGCCGGCGUCACUGCUCAGUGCUGCUGUUGCAGGAGGUGUUGGUGGUGGUGGUGCUGGUGGUGGCGGUGGUGGUGGCAAUAGGGGCGUCAAUAACCAGGCUGCCGCAGCGGCGGCUCUUUUUGCCGGCGCCAAUGGUUUUCACGGAGCGGCGGCUGGCGUCAACGCCGCACUGAGCUUAGUCUCUGGACGAUCACAGAACCACCUGAACAGUCACCACCUGAACAGCCACCACCACCACUCACUGCUGCACAGCCAGAUGCUCAAUGGACACCACAGCAACUCGCAGGGCCACUCUUCAGGCGACGAAGACAACGGCAGUGUCUCCUCGAACCCCUCCUCUUCCUAUCCCCCGCUGAAUCUCCUCACCCAGACCUCCUCCAGUCAACACGAGGCUCUCAAUCUGGAGGUGAAUCCGCGCAGCUCAAAUGACUCCAUGAAGAGCUCCUCAGGUGGCGGUGAACACCCGCGUGGCACCCGGCGAACACUGAACCACGGGCACCCGCUGGACCAGCUGACGCCAGAAAAGCGGUUCUGUGAGGAGGUAAAACCGUCCUUUAACCCGCAAAACUUUCUCAUGAAUGCCAGCUUUCCGAGCACCCACAUGAAGAUUAGCAGUAAAGACGGAAAAACACUGGAAGGACAGCUCACUGUAAGCAUGGAGAUCAACGGUAUUCUCUACCAUGGUAUUCUCUUUGCGCAGACAAAUCGCAACAAGAUGGAGUAA